ACCCAUGGGUCUUGGGUGCUCUCGGUCGACUAUUCAAUUUGAGCACCGGUUAUGGGCCCAAGUUUGCACCGAUUAACAUCCCCCUGCAGAGACGUUUACAGACCUUCUCCGUCCUCUUCUGGAUGUCGACCUUCCUCUUCAUGGGAGCCGGUUCCUUCUUCUUCUUGAUGUACUUGUUCUUCUUCACUCAGUAUUGGUGGAUUUCUUUGUGCUACUUCACUUGGUACCUUGGAGACCGAACUAUCUGUAACAGAGGUGGAAGAAGAUGGCACUGGAUGCGCUCAUGGACCCUGUGGAAGCACUACAGGGAUUUCUUCCCCGUCCACCUAAUCAAGACUGCUGAGCUUGACCCCUCAAAGAAUUACAUCAUGGGCUACCACCCCCAUGGCAUUCUCUCGGCUGGAGCAUUCUGCCAUUUUGCAACCGAAGGAACAGAUUUCAGUAAGCGGUUCCAAGGAUUUACACCAUUCCUGCUAACUCUGGAAGCUCAGUUUUGGCUCCCCCUCUACCGAGAGUUCUUCAUGUGCACUGGUGCCGUGAGUGCCACUCGAGAGAGCAUGGACUACCUGCUGGGUCGUGAGGGAUCUGGUCGUGCCCUCUGCCUGGUUGUGGGCGGGGCAAAGGAGGCACUCGAUUGCCAUCCUGGACAGGUUAUCCUGCACCUUAGCAAGCGCAAGGGCUUCUGCAAGAUGGCUCUGAGACAUGGAGCCUCACUAGUACCCAUGUUCUCCUUCGGUGAGAAUGACGUCUAUGAUCAAAUUGCCAAUCCUGAAGGGUCACUCAUCCGUCGUAUCCAGAACAGUGUCCAGAAGAUGAUAGGUCUGGCCCCAUGCAUGUUCAUUGGCAGAGGAGUAUUCCAGUACAGCUUUGGUAUUGUGCCAUUCCGCAAGCCCAUAUAUACAGUGGUUGGAGCCCCCAUUGACGUUCCCCUCGUCAAAAAUCCCACAAAGGAACAGAUCGUGAAGUUGCACGAGACUUAUGUGAACGCAGUCGUUGAUUUGUAUAACAAGUACAAAAUCGGUAUUCUGAGCAUCCAGAGUGCAAGAUCAGCAUUGUUUGAGGAAUCCAAGUGUUAUAUACAUAUACAUGUUUCCAGUGUAGUUUGAAAGCUGUUAUUAAUUGCAAAUGUUUUUGGUCUGUGCUUGUUAUAUGGUCAGUUUUUUCUUUCUUUCUUUCUUUUUUGUUUCUUAUUUUUCUUCUUUAAUGCCAACAAAGGAUGAGGCACAAAUUAGUUUGAAGUUAAGUUCAUCAUAAACUGUACUAGGGUUAAAGUUAUUUUUCUAAUGCCUUUCUAGAUAGAAUAUUAUUCUUUCUGAUUCCAAUGUUUAAAAUUUCUUCCCUCUGGCUGUGACCAAAUGUGCUAAGCGUACUGUAGAAAAUUCUAUUUAGAACAAAAAUUGAUAUUGAUAUUGUAUAGACCAGAGUUUUAAAAAAUGCUGAAAUUGGAUCUCAUUCCAUGUUCUUGUGUUUUUAUCUACACAUGCUGAUUUUUUGUUCAACAUAAGCAUUUAUACAUUUCAAUAAAUUUGUUUGUGAUA